AGAAAAAAGAAGAAGAAAAAAAAAACGUGACCAUGUCAAUUGUCAAGUCAUCAUUAUUAUGUUAGUAAUACUCUUUGCGCCACAGCGAACUAGCGGUUGCAUACGAGAGAGACGUAACACAAACACUCAUCAUUAUUAAAUGUAGAGUACUUUUGCUUGCGGAAUGGAUGCAAACAAAAUGAAACCUACUGAACAACAGAGAAACCUUGAGACCACCAGGUGGAAAACGCCAGAGUAUCGUAAACAAAUUGUUAAGGACUGCAUGAAUUUAAUAAUCAAAAAAAGUCAAUGGAAAGAUGAGAGCCUCUUAUCUGGUCUUUUUCAACAUCUGGAAAGAUAUGAGGCGAAACUGAAUGCUACUGCCAAAACUCAGGUUGAGUACUUUAAUUGGUUAACUGGAAAGAUAGAAGCAAUAUGUUCACAGCUAAAGACUCCUGAAUCCGAACCUAUUAUCUCAAACUCUACUGGCCCAGGGGGAAUCUCUUCUGCUCAAGAAGCUGGAAAAUCUGAAAAUAUAGAAUGGAAGGAGCAGGUUUAUGAAAAGGUUCAGAGGAUUAAAAGCACAUAUUUGCCUAAACUUACUGCCGUAUACCAAAUUAUGAAUAAAAAACUUGAAACGCUUAUGUCUUCUCCUCGAGCACCAAACCCAUUUAUUUUGGAAAAUACUAGAACAAAUAAGAAAAAUUUAGAAUGCAUUUUUGAUCUCUUAAGAGUGAGUAAAAGCCAGAUUACCAUUGAAUUCAAGAAGAAACUAGAUCAAGCAGAAAAGAUUAUACUAUUUAAUUUUCCCCCAAAGAAUGUUUCUUCACAUCAUCAAGGACAACCACAUUCAUCUGAUGUGCAAUCCAGGCAACAGUUUGGUCCAUCACAUCCUAGUAUUUCUCAAAUGGAAUUACUUGGAGCACAAACAUCAUCACAUGCAUUGGGAACUCAGAACUAUCAUAUAAUGAAGGAUGAUUCUCAGCAAAAUAAGAUUCGUUUACAAGAGCAGCAAGCGGCAAAACAAUACAGCAAUUCACAACAGGAUGUAAAUCAACUGGUUAUCAAAAAAGGCCCUGGCAAUGCUGUACAACAGCAAACACAACAAUGUGCUCAAAAAGCAACUGAAGUUGGUGUCAACACUCGGGGGAUUCCAGCUUCAAACAUGAGAGAAAACUACAACAAUCAUGAAGAAUUUUCUCAUAAACCUACAAUCAACUCUGAUGAGCCAAGUGCUGCAAUGCAAAGCUUUCUUAAAGUGUUAACCUCCAUAUCACCUGAAGCGUUGAAGAAUUCAGUUGGUGAUAUUAAAGAACUAGUCUAUUUGAAUGAUCAGAUACCAACUUCAGAAUUCAUAUCUGGACCACCAACGAUGGUUCAACAACUAAAACCAAGACUCGUCCCACAAUCAGAUAUUCAUUCAUUUUCACAAGCUAGAUACAUGACUUGUAAUGAUUUUGCUCCAGUUGGAAGGAAAAGGUCUCACAGCAUGAAUGAAAUGACUGCCUUUGAAACUUCUAGAAUUUGUGCCAGUUCAUGUGACAGUUUCAACCAGUUGACUGAUGCUGAGAAACCUGACAUGACUUCAGUCGCAUCUAAAAUAAAGAAGCCUGAAAUUGUGGAAAAUUGUUCUCUUUUACAAGAAAUAAGGGACAUAAACAAUCUAUUGAUAGACAGUGAGAUAGUUAUUGGUGAAAAAGACAGCAUUCUAAGUGCAGCUGGAGGAGCUGCAGAACAUGGUGAAGGAUUGGUUAUAAAAUUCGUUUUCAAUGCAGUAACUGUCAAUCAGAACCUACAUCUUUCUUCUGAUAAAAAGUCAAUAAUCAAACCUUUAUGGUUGCUUGUUCCCACAAGUUAUCCAUUUUCCCCGCCUGUUAUUUUAGAAAUGCUGUCGGAAGUCAGUGAAGGCCUUGGAGAUCUAUCAACAAUAGCAAAAUCAAAUCUGAUAUAUUCUCUCCAACACUUGAAUCAACCCCGGACACUUAUGAAUAUAGCAACCUCAUGGGAACGUUGUGCCAGAGAAGCCAUCCUUGAGUAUGCACAAGCCCGUGGGGGAGGAACCUUUAGCUCAAUAUAUGGAGGGUGGGAAAUGUGUGAAAAAUAUUUUUAAAGGAACCUUUGGUGUUCAUUUGUAUAGUACAACUCAACCAGCCAAGUACAUUUUGUGCCGGCAUUUAACGAUCUUUAGAAAUAGCUCUACAGUAGAAUAUGAAAAUGUAGUCUAACAAAUUUUUUGGAAUAUUUAGUUAUAGU